AGCGGGGUUCAGAGGCCAUGGGGCAAGGCCGGGCUCAGGUGGGCGGGGCUCUUGCUAAACCCGUAUGGUCGGGUCCCGCGGAACCUGACCUCGCGGGGCCGCGGCGUAUGCAGCGCCGAGGGGGGAGCGCCCCCUUCGGGGCCCUCCACACAUUUGGUUUUCGGGUUGGGUCUGUUGCGACGCAAGCGUGAGCGACCCGGCGGGGACUCACGGCGCUCACGUUGCCCUGGCCGGCCUGGAACUUGUGGUGCUCCUGCUUCAGCCCCUCCCCCCGAGUGUUGGGACCACCGGCCUGCGUCUCCACGCGCAGCUUGCUCUGGCGUGGAAACCUCGAUUUGCCUGUUGUCUUGGAGGCCCAGCGACCUUGCCGGCCGGGCGCUCGCCCCUGCCCUCCUCCCUUCCCAGCGCUCCGCUACCCUUGUCCGAGUGACCCCUGCCCGAGAGGCGUCCUGGUGGCCCCGGGCUUCCGUGGCGUCUCCCCUCCUGCUGGCUUUCGCCCGUGGGGAGCUGACGUCCCCACAACAGCCGCUUGACGCCAGACCCCAGGUCUCGGCCUGUGACUAGAAGAGGCCUGGCUCCUUUGCAGCUCCUGAGUCGCCCUUGCGUUGUUCCCACGCGUCCUCCCUGUCACACUCUGGGGAGGGCAGGCGUCUGUGACCCCGCAGAAAGUGCACCCUCGGGCUCAGGUGACCUCCAAAGUGCCUUGGUCAGCGUCGUGUCCAGCCCAAAAGGCACCAACCAAGCACGAGUAGCGUUUCCCAGCACUAGGAGGACCUGGGGGUGGGAGACUUCUGUGACCCGGCCAGGCAUCCCAGAUCCCGUUGUUGCCGCCCAGGUCCCCAUGGAGACCCACUUGAGGGACACCACAGCUGCUGUGGGUUUGUGAGCCCACCUUAGGCGGCUUGAGCGGCGGGACCCUGUAUGUGGCUUGAGGUGAAUUCAGCGCCUGUGAGGCCACAGCCCAGAGGACGCCUUUCCUUGUCCUGGUGCGCCCUCUGCCCCACCCUGGGAAGCCGUCACCUGCAAAGACAUGGAGCUGGACCAGCUGGACCUGAAUCCCAGGGUCCUGGCAGCCCUGAAGAGAGCUGGCCUGAAGUCCGUGAAGGAGGUCCUGCGUGUAUCUGGACCUGACCUGCAGAGAUGCACUGGCCUGUCCAGCCCCGACAUCCAGCGCUUGCUGACAGCAGCUGCCAUGUACCUUCGGGGCCACUGCGUGCUCACAGUGCUGCAGCUGUACCAGCAGAGGGAGCACUUCCCCACGCAGCACCAGCGUCUGAGCCUCGGCUGUCCAUGGCUGGACCGGUUCCUGGGUGGCGGGCUGCCCCUGGACGGCAUCACGGAGCUGGCUGGCCGCAGUUCGGCAGGAAAGACCCAGCUGGCACUGCAGCUCUGCCUGGCUGUGCAGUUCCCGCAGCAGCACGGGGGCCUGGAGGCCGGGGCCAUCUACAUCUGCACGGAGGACACCUUCCCCAGCAAGCGGCUCCGGCAGCUCAUUGCCCAGCAGCCAAGACUGCGCACAGACGUGCCAGCUGAGGUGAUCCGGAACAUCAGGUUCGGGGACCAGAUCUUUGUGGAGCACGCAGCUGAUGUGGACACCUUACUGGAGUGUGUGAGCCGCAGGGUCCCCAUGCUGCUGUCGCGGGGCAUGGCCCGCCUGCUGGUUGUGGACUCGGUGGCAGCCCCGUUCCGAUGUGAGUUUGAUGGCCAGGCCUCUGUGACCCGUGCCAGGUGCCUGCAAUCACUGGGGGCCACACUGCGCCGGCUGAGUGCUGCCUUCCAGAGCCCUGUGCUCUGUGUCAACCAGGUGACAGAGGCCGUGGAGCAGCCAGGGCCCCAGGAAGAGCGCCUGUGCCCAGCCCUUGGCAUCACCUGGGCCAACCAGCUCCUCAUGAGGCUGAUGGUCGACCGUGUCCGCGAGGAAGAGACCACACUGGGCCUGUGCAGCCGCCCAGCACGGACGCUGCGGGUGGUCUUCGCGCCCCAUCUGCCCCCAGGCUCCUGCUCCUACACAGUCAACGAGGAAGGGGUGCGGGGAACCCCAGGGACCAUGGCCUCUGAUGCAGGGCAGCAGCAGAAUAGCCUCACCAAGGUCCCAAGAACUGAUCAAGAAUUGGGUCACGGGGGGCCAGUUGGCCACGUCACCAGCCCCUCAGGAGAGAGAGGGUGAUGGUAGGGGCGUUUGCUCCACCCAGCUCAUUGCACCUUGGCAUUUGUCCCCAGAGUUGGACCCCUGGAGAAUGGACUCCUCACCAGCAACAGUGGCUUUCAGGGUCUCUACAGGGCUACCCUGAGCACAGGGGCCACUCGUACCCCGUCCUCUGCUUUCUCCCUUAGGGCCUGCCCAGGAUGCAGUGAGCAGCCUUCCCAUGCUCCCAGCACCUUCCACCAAAUCAUCCCUGUCCCGGCAACCCCUGAGACCUGGCCCUUUUGCUCUCCCAGUAGGGUGCCCCCAAGUGCCUCCAGGCCCUAGUGUAGGGUACUGAGACACCAAGCUGGCAGCUUGUGAGUGGGACCCAUGGAGACAAACCACGUCCAGCACCUCCCCCCACAACCUGGCUGGGUAGAGAGAGCACCACCAUCCUGCCUGGCCCCUGUGCCACAGACCAGGCCCAGGCCUAGCCUGAGAGCCACAGAACUUGAGCCAGGCUGUGCAGGCACAUGUGGUGCCUGGCCCUGGCUCAGGAGUCACUGCCUGCCAGGUGCUACUGACUGACCUGCAUUCUUGCCCUCAGAAGAAGCUGAGGGAAAAGCCAGUCCCUAAGGCAAUGGUAGUGUGUCCUCCCACAGCUCCCAUGGAGGAGCCUGAGCCAGGACGGUCACUAGCCACUCAGUUGCCAUGGCCCUGAGAGUUAACUUCUUUCUGAAAGAGCUAGGAGAGCCCUGUCUAGACAGUCUCUGUGUAGACUGUAGGGACUUUACAGUAAGAAAUAAACGUUUUAUUUUGAUAAA